AUGCUCUCAGCCGAAUUAUGUCGCGUGUGCGGCAGUGAUGCUGUGUCUUCCGAUCUCACUAGCAUAUUUUUAAAGCGCGAAAACGUGGACUGCAUCGCCGACAUGAUUGUGGAACUGUCCGGUUUGUUGGUCACAGCUAACGACCGGCUACCGCAGCACUGUUGUACCGUUUGCCAAGCCGAUCUUACGACGGCCAUCAACGUUCGUCGCCGAUGUCUUGAAAUGGACAAGAAAUUCCGUAUCUCACUGCCAAGGGUCGCAAAAGGAACAAGGCAAGAAGUGCCUUUUGAGACUGACAAACAAACCGACCACUCUCUCGGAGGUAUUGAAGCAACAAAAGGUGAAGAUGGCAAUUUAGAUAAACAAUGCUGCGGGUGCUCGGAGAGUUUUAACAGCGAGGAGGAACUGAGGGCACAUUCGGAGAAAACGCACGCACUCGAACCACCUCCGUCGACUGAAGGGCGCCCCUUCCAAUGCGGUAUCUGCUACCGUUGGUUUAAAUCGGCCCGUGGCGUUCUAGAGCACCGGAGCGACAGGCGUAACCGACGCUACCAGUGCGCGACCUGUGGCCAGCGAUUCAGUAGGCCUUCGCGGCUCGUCGUACACGAAAAUCUCCAUUCCAAAGCAAAGGCAUUUCCUUGCGACCUGUGCGGUGAAAAGUUUCACAAUCCCUAUGCCCGGCGCGUGCACAUCAGAAAGAGCCACGACACCGUUAAGGGCGGGCCUGUAACCACGGGCAACGAGUGCCAACAGUGUGGUAAAUCGUUUCGUUCGGCGAGCUACUUGAAAAGUCACCAAAAACUGCACGCCACCGAAGCGCCCCACAAAUGUACGGUAUGUGGCGCUCAGUUUAAGCUGCCAGUGUAUCUGAAGUGGCACAUGAAAAUUCACAGUGGAACGUACAGCUGCAAUCACUGCAACCUCUCCUUCAAGGGACCAUUCGAUCUGCGGGAACACCAGAACCGCCAUAUUGGCUACAAGGGCUUCGUUUGUACAAGUUGUGAUAAAAACUUCUACAGCAAAAAAGAGCUCAACAAACACGAACGGCGUACACACGAGCGAAAGCCAAAGGCGGCCAAAAGCUGA